CAGCGCCUGCCCCGGAAGCUGUCGGCGCGCGGCGCGGCUGGGCGCUAAGAUGGCGGCGGCGUGAGUUGCAUGUUGUGUGAAGAUCCUGGGGUUGCCCCAUCGCUCGGCCCCGCCAUGGCCGUCACCAUCACGCUCAAAACGCUGCAGCAGCAGACCUUUAAGAUCCGCAUGGAGCCUGACGAGACGGUGAAGGUGCUAAAGGAGAAGAUAGAAGCUGAGAAGGGACGUGAUGCCUUCCCGGUGGCUGGACAGAAACUCAUCUAUGCUGGCAAGAUCCUGAGCGAUGACGUCCCCAUCAGGGACUAUCGCAUAGAUGAGAAGAACUUUGUGGUUGUCAUGGUGACGAAGGCCAAAACCAGCCCAGGCACCUCAGUACCCCCAGAGGCAUCACCCACUGCUGCCCCAGAGUCCUCCACAUCCUUCCCGCCAGCCCCUGCCUCAGGCAUGUCCCAUCCCUCACCUACCACCAGAGAGGACAAGAGUCCAUCGGAGGAAUCAGUCCCCACGACGUCCCCAGAGUCUGUGUCGGGCUCUGUUCCUUCUUCAGGUAGCAGCGGGCGAGAGGAAGACGCGGCCUCCACGUUAGUGACGGGCUCCGAGUAUGAGACGAUGCUGACAGAGAUCAUGUCCAUGGGCUAUGAGCGGGAACGGGUCGUGGCCGCCCUGAGAGCCAGCUACAACAACCCCCACCGAGCCGUGGAGUAUCUACUCACGGGAAUUCCUGGGAGCCCCGAGCCAGAACACGGCUCUGUCCAGGAGAGCCAGGUGUCCGAGCAGCCAGCUACAGAAGCAGUGGGAGAGAACCCCCUGGAAUUCCUGCGGGACCAGCCCCAGUUCCAGAACAUGCGACAGGUGAUUCAGCAGAACCCGGCACUGCUGCCUGCCCUGCUCCAGCAGCUGGGCCAGGAGAACCCGCAGCUUCUGCAGCAAAUCAGCCGGCACCAGGAGCAGUUCAUCCAGAUGCUAAACGAGCCCCCUGGGGAGCUGGCAGACAUCUCAGAUGUGGAGGGUGAGGUGGGCGCCAUAGGUGAGGAGGCUCCACAGAUGAACUACAUCCAAGUGACUCCACAGGAGAAAGAAGCUAUAGAGAGGUUGAAGGCUCUGGGCUUCCCAGAGAGCCUAGUGAUCCAGGCCUACUUUGCCUGUGAAAAAAACGAAAACUUGGCUGCCAACUUCCUCCUGAGUCAGAACUUUGAUGACGAGUGAUGCCGGGAGGCCAGGCUGCUCACCGCUCCCACCCUACUCCCAACUCCACAAAAGUUUUAUAAAAGAAAAAAUAUAUAUAUAUAUAUAUAUUCAUGUUUAUUUAAGAAGUGGAAAAAAAAAAUCAAAAACCUAAAAAAACCCAAAACACCCCAACUUCGUAUUCUCCUGAAAUGGCCCCCAUUCCCAUCUUGGCCUGAGAAGACCUAGGCCAGACAGCUGUCCCCCCAACCCCCCGGCCCAGCCCAGCCUGCUCCAAGGAGCUGGCAGGAAUGGAGGCAACAGAUGGGCCCCUCUUGGCUUCUGUCCCAGCUCCCUGCAGCCAGAUGGAGAGGCGGCUGCUUGCUUCCCCAUCCCCUGAAGAGCCCAAGACCUCCCCCCACCCUCCGCCUACCCUCUUUUGGGGUGAGGGGAACCUGGAGCCCCAAACUUUGAUCCUCCAUUGGACUGGCCCAAAUCUUCUCAUCUGGGGUGAGCACUCAGAGGUCCAUGGUCCCCUCCAGUCUGGCCUUGGCCUCCAGCCUGUAUCCCUUCACUGAGGAGGCAGCCAGGUUUGUCCUGCCUGGGGAAAGGGUAACAUCAGAGCUGCUCUGGAGGUCAAGGCCACCCCCCCACCCUAGAACAGAACCGUGUCUCUGAUAAAGGUUUUGAAGUGAAUAAAGUUUUAAAAGCCUGUCCUGUGGUCGGUGCCUGCUGGGGCUUCCCACUCUAGCUCGUCUGGCUCUGGGGGCUAGUUGGGCACAGGCGAUUUGGGAAUACCAAGAGGCAGAGGUGUCUGUCAGCCUCUGCACAUUGGGGCUCCCAGUGUAUCCUGCCCCCUCAGAAGCUGCCUCAUUCCAGGCAGGGGGUCCCAGCCCCAGCUUGGCCUUGGAAGGGCUGUUUUUCCCUGCCCCCACCAUCAUCACUAGUCUGUUUUGGCUAUGCUUCCCCCCUGGUAAUUGGCUAAUUACUGGAGAUUAAUGUUGGUAAACAGAAGCCUUCUUCUCAUCUGCCAUCUGCUCCUCCAUUAUUUCCCCAUUGUACCCCACUCCUCCCUGGUUCUCUGACCCUG